AUGGAGAGAGAAAACCUGGGUCCAACUCAACCUUCAGCAAACGACUCUGCCGAACCCACUGUGGAUACAUGCGAGGUGCUCGCCGAUCCCCCGGUCACCUUGGAUCCGACUGGUAUUCGCGAACUUAUUCCGGCUGAAGUUCGUUCUGCCAUCACAGACGAGUUUGGAGCCUCUCUUUUGUCGCAGCCAAGUGCGGCACCAGCGUCACCAGCUGCGUCAUCCGAUAUUGGCAUGGGUGGUGCGUGCUCCACACCGCCUCGCGCUGGAAAUCUGCACGUCCCAAAGUCGGCGCAGGAUAGGAUAUUGCGAGGUGAGUUUGUGGACUUCGACCAAUUGUUGCCUGAGAUCUUGGGGGCAGUUGAUAGCAAUAAGUCGUUCGAGCUGAGAUCCAGUUCAUUCGGGGGUGCACUGGAAGUCGUAGAGGUGAACACCACUCGCCCGCUUUAUGCUUCUUGCCAGCGUGGCGAAACUGCUGGUACUUUUAGUGCAGCCCCGUUCACCUCCAUGCGCUGUUCUGGUGUCGGCGCGGUACCGAAGAAGAACGGCAAGCUUCGUAUGAUUCACCAUCUUUCUAGCCCCGCCGGUAAUAGUGUGAACGACGGAGUUCCAGCUGACCAGUUUUCCCUGCACUACAUCAGUAUUGACGAUGCAAUCGAGUCUAUUAUGUCGUCACCUCAGCCAGUGUACCUCGCAAAGCUGGACAUCAAAAGUGCAUUCCGGCAAAUCCCAGUUCGUGCUGAAGAUCACUCACUACUCGGCAUAUUCUGGCAAGGCAACUACUAUUACGAGCGGGUGCUACCGUUUGGGCUUUGCUCCAGCCCAGCCAUUUUCGAUUCCGUUGCCUCGGCCAUAGAGUGGAUUAUCCGGAACCAUUUCUCCAUUGCCGACCUAUUCCACUACUUGGACGACUUCCUAAACGUCACAACUGGCCAUACUGUCGCCCAGCGUCAACUAGCAAUCCUGCUGCGAGCCUUCAUCUAUUUGGGCGUGCCGCUAGCGCCAGCAAAGGUGGAAGGUCCCGCGAGGUCACUGACGUUCCUCGGCAUUAUUCUGGACUGCGAGCGGCUCGAGGCCAGGCUCCCCAUGGACAAGCUCAACGACCUCCGAUCGCUAUUGGCCAGCACGAUCAACAGCCGGAAGAUAUCCCAACACCAACUCGAGUCCCUAUUGGGUAAGCUCUCGUUUGCUGCCCGUGUCAUCACUCCAGGCCGUACCUUCAUGCGUCGUCUGUGGUCCCUCUGCUCACGGUUUCAGCAACCACACUACUCAAUAACUUUGACCCAAGAAUGCGUGGAUGACCUGCUAUGGUGGAUGAGGCUACUAAGUGAGUGGAACGGGAAAUCCUUCUUCUUGCACCCUAACUGGACCCCAUCACCAGAUCUCCAGCUAUACACAGAUGGAAGUGGCACUCACGGCUGGGGUGCUUACAACAACGGGAAGUGGAUUCAAGGUUCAUGGAACAGUGCCCAGAUGCUGCAGUUUAUCGAGUGGAAGAAGCUGUUUACCCUCGUAGCAGCCUGCGCCACAUGGGGCGACGAAUGGGCUAAGCUCCGGAUUCGGGUACACUGCGACAACUCGGCGGUAGUGGACUGCAUCCGUUCGGGCACGUGCAAAGCCCCAGCUGUGAUGAAGUUGCUACGCGAACUGUUCUUCGUUUGCUAUGAGUUCAACUUUCAUGUUAGCGCUGUGCACAUUGCUGGCUCCAAGAAUGUCAUUCCAGAUUGCCUCUCUCGUUUUCUUAUGCAGGAAUUUCGACGUCAUGCUCCGUUAGCGCGGCCGAGUCACGACCGUGCUCGUCUUCCAGCAGUCUUGUGA